AUGAACUUAUUUCCCUGGAGCUCACGCGGCGGCGGCGACGGCACAGGCACAGGCACAGGCACAGGCACAGGCACAGACGCGGGCCCUGCCCCAGGCCCUGCCCCAGGCCCUGCCCCGGCGGACGCAGACGCGGGCGCAAGGGUGAGGCCGCCGCCCUUGGAUCUGGGUGAGAGGCCGGUCGAUGAUGCCGAGAAAUGGAACAGAUCGAGGGCCCGCUGGGACCUCUCAAUCAAGCCCGACGCCCCCGAGUUUGCAGGGCGGCUGGCCGAGUUCGAGAGGGCCCUGGACCCUGGCUCAGGAAAGAGCAUCGACCAGAUACUCAGGGACCACUUCUCCAACUACGAGGUGCACAAGUUCAGCGGGUGGGCCGACAGGAAGCGCGAGCCCGACCUGUACAGCCAGCAGAAGAGAGACGCCGAGGCCUACAACGCCCUCCUGGCAACACCGCCGUGGGACAGGGCCGCGCCCCAGGCGUUUCUCGCCUUCAAGAUGACCAUGUUGUUCUUUGGGUUCUCUGUGGAGCCCAUGAAGAUGAACGACUACUUCAAGCUACCAGCAGGGUCCGGGUUGUUUGGCCUUGACGACGACGGCGACAGCGACCUGGACGACGACCAGCGCACGUUCGUGCCCGAGGAGAUGCGGCCACUGCGUUUCCUCAACAGAUAUGGCAAACGCAGCUACGGCGCUGACAAUGGCCACAUGAUGCCGGACCCGAGCUUUGAGAUGUACUACGGCCUGCCAUUUCAGCCACCAGCAGACGCCCAACGACAUGCCGGGCACGGCGGCCAACCAGCCACAGGGGCUCAGGAUGACAUGCGUAUCCGUGGCAGAGGAUUAGGCGAGGACGGGGAUGAGGACGAGGACGAGUUGAUGAGCGAUGGCUCGGUGGAUGGCACUUCUUUCUGUUCCGACUCGCCGCUGCCAGACGCGCCCGAUGUUGAGGCUGCCGGCGGAGACGAGGGCGGGCGGGAGGUGCAACUCAGAGGCGGGGCAGGAGAAGCAGAGGGCGGCGGGAGCUCAGAGGCCGGGCUGUACGUGAUGUCGUUCUCUGGGUUCGUGUACUGUCCCACGCUGGGGGCGGGGGACCUGUACGCGGCCAUCGACGCGGUGCUCGCGCUCAAAAGACGGGCGGGGGCUCAGAUCAGCGUGGCGGUCGUGCGGGCAACGCAGGGGCAAGGGCAGGCCGAGGUCGUACGGCUGGAACGCGUUGUGCUGGGGGACGAGUCGGGGGAGAGGGAGGCGCACGACAGGCUGGUAACGGCGUACACGCACGCAACGCAGGAGGCCAAGCCGGGCAACCUGAGGAUCUUUGCGUGCCACGCGAGCAGCGAGAGGGCGCUCGAGGAGCUCCGGAGCGGGGGCGGCUCGAGCAACUGCAUGCCAGGCGACUCGGACGACACCUUCCUCGUCUUGAGGAGUUUGGGGGACCCGAGGAGGAACGGGGCCUACCUGUGGAUGCCACAAGGAGUCGGGGAGGAGAUUGCGUCGAGCCUGUACGCAGGGUGGUUUAGGAACGUGGUGCGGAUCUUGGGGGGCCCGCAGCCGGCCGAGCAGGCGUGGCUGGUCACCGUGCGCCUGGGCAGCGAGGGCGCCGGGACGCCCUUCCACUCCGAGUCGCCGCUGCCGAGAGAGGUGUGGGAGGCCAUUGUCCGACAGCGCCGUGGCGGCACCAGUGGGCUCUGGGUGACGCUGACGCCCUUUGAAGGGGGUGCCUUUGUGCAGGUGCCCGGCUACCACGGGCCGCUGCCGACGGCGGGGCACAGGCUGGGCCUGGGGCAGGUAAUAGGGCUGGCCUGGAGCUCCGUGGCGGAGCGCGACAGGGCGGAGGUUGCCCACAUGCUGGUGCGGCGGCCGGGACGCGCGAGCCCGAGCUCGGACUCGGACGUGGUGACCCUCGCGUGCCGGAACGGACAGGUGGACCGCACGGCAGCGGGCUACCAGGCGGCCGAGGCACGGGUGGGUGAGUGGCUGAGGCACGGGCUGUUCCUCACCGUCACGCCGCAGUGGGACACGUACCGCGGGCUGGUCGCGGGCACGGCAGACCACGUGGACGUGCCGGGGCACUGGGACUGGCCGAAGGUCAGGUCUCGUGUCCUGUCAACCCUGCAGCGCGCCGGGCCCGACCCCGAGCACACGCACGUCCUGCGCGUCGACCAGCGCACAGCCCAGGGCGACGCCAUUGCCCUGGACCCCCUGCAGAGGAACAGGGUCGUGUCCCACCUGAGCCUGGGCACGGGCGAGCGCGCUCGCGCCGACUGGGCCUCCUUCAAGGCCGCCCUCUCGGUGAGGGACUUUACCAUGGCGCUGGUGCCCAAGUCGGACAGCCUCGCGAGCCCGCUGCCGGCGGGCCCUGUCCACGCUGAUGCUGCUGCCCUGUGGCACCAGUGGGGCUGCAACCGUCCCGCUCCCGCCCCGGCUCCCGCUCCCGCUCCCGCUCCCGCUCCGACCCGGACCUCGGCUCCCGCUCCUCCGUCAGACCGCGUCGCCGUCACCACCACCGGCCAUCAGCAUCAUGACCACCAUGACCAUGACCAUGACCAUGACCAUGACCACACCCAUGACAGCGACCAGGGCUUGCUGCACCAGGGCGUGCCGCAGCUCGGGGCCGGCGUGGACAUGUUCCAGUCGGGCAAGUACUACCGCGAGCAGUCGUUCGCCACGCCGCUGUCGGUGCAGGUGGGCGGCCAGGCGCCCAGGUUCCCCAUCAACGCGCCGCCCAUCGAGCACAUCCGCCGCCCCCGCGGGCCCGGCGGCAUCGAGUCCGACUCGAUGCCCAUCGUCAGCACCCAGGUCAUGACCCCGACCGAGCAGCGCUCCCUGCAGCAGGCCUUCUUCCAGAUGCGCUCCAUCGCCCUCAACCGCGCCCAGCAGUGCCCCCACCAGGGCUGCCCCGCCUUCUUCCCCGUCGGCCCGGACAACAUGGCGGCCUUCCACAAGCACCUCGCCGACAAGCACCUCGCCUCCCACUGCCCCUUCUGCGACGACUCGCUCUUCCAGCACGCCUCGGCCCGCGACAAGCAGAAGCACUUUGUCGACAACCACUCCGAGUACUUCUCCGCCCCCGGCGACCUCCAGGCCGAGGCCCUGCUCGCCGCCACCACCGCCCCAAGGGGCAACGUCCACCCCAGGGAGGAGCAGUUCAACUUCUGCCCCCGCUGUGGCCGCAACCACCAGCUGCUGACCAGCAAGCCCGACCGCGUCCACCACGACAACGCCUGCUUCCCCGGCAACGAUUCCACCCUCCACCCCGGGCCCUACUGCACCCGCUGCGGCGAGCCCGACCGUGCCCCCGCCGCCUCCCGCGCCGCCACCAGCCACCCUCACCGGCAGCACCAGUGCGCCGCCCCCGCCGACCCCGCCGACCCAAAACCCGCAACCUUCUGCCAGCACUGCGCCCUCGAGUGCCACCGCCUGCCCCUCUCGUACGCCAGGCGCCACCUCCUGAACUGCAAGCCCCUGGCCUCGGCCGCCGACAACUGGUGCCCCUGGUGCGGCGUCGACCUCAAGUCCGGCCCGCGCGCAUCCCGCCUCAAGCAUCUGGCCGUCUGCGUCCUGAGGCCCGCCUCCGGCCAGAACCCCGUGUCUACCGACUCUGGCAUCCCCCUCGACAGCCCUCGCGACCUUCAGGCUCACCGGCUGAGGCACGGCCUCACCGACACGGGCACGUUCAGCCGCAAGACCAGGAUCGCCGUGCCCCCGACCUGCCCCGUUGCCAGCUGCCGCGUUGAUCUGACCUCGUGGAACGCCCAGGGCCUCUACGACCACUUCCAGUCCCAUCCCGACAACUCCCUCGAGCCGGGCGGCGGCCUCAAGAGCUGCCCCUUCUGCAAGUGCAACUUUGAAACCCGCGGCUGGGCCACCAGGGCCGAGAAGCAGCAGCACUUUGACGACCAUAUCAACUUCAGGCAGCGUGCCCGCCGCGUGCUCAAUGACGAGAUCAUCGGUAGUCACCCGGACCGGAACAGCCCUUCGGUCCUGCAGGCUCUCGCCGCACUAGACCAUGACCAGCUGGACAAGACGGCCCAGACCGAAAGCCUUAAUGCAGAGAUUGCCCGCCUCUCCGAGACCGUCAAGCGAUUGGCCGAAGACAAUCGCAGGUGCAGAGACGCUCAGCGUCAACCUUCUGGGCAAACCCCGCGGCCCCCACAGCCCCUAAACACGCCACCUAGUUCCGGUGUGAAACGACGUACGGCUGCUAGGGCCUCAAGACCCAGCCCUGCCGGUGCGCAGCCACCGGCCAAGAGGCACAGGACUGCUCAUCGUGGCACGUCAGGCACCAACAUCCCGGGCUUUUCCACUGGGCGCCAGGUCUUUGGAAGCGUUCGGGACGACGAGGAGGAAGAAGAUGACGAGGAGGAUGAGUCUGCGCUGAGUUCUGACGUCGACGUCGAGGACGGAAUCAUCGACGAAGAAGACCUCGAUGACGAUGUAGAGGAAUAUCACGGAAGGGGGCAACGGGCUGGCUAA